AAGGUAGGGGGAGAGCAGUGCCUUGGCGCGAGCCCGAGGACUCGAAACUCCGGAAUUUCAACCGCCAGAGUUGUGCCGGCGCUCGUACGACGAGGGUCUAAAGAGUGUGUGAAUAAGCUUGAGUAAGAAAGAGAGAGAAGGCGCGACCACUGAACGGACAAACUGACUCGGAGAGGGGAUGGUGAUGGGAAGGGAGUAAUAGCAGUGGAGAGGGAGAACACGAGGUUGAGGACGAUCACUAGUUAUUUACAAUCGUAGUUGGAAGGAUAUACUACGUAUCUCGUGUCUUGCACAUGGUUAUACGUUCCACGGUUUUACUGAUUACAAGUGAAAUUCCGAUCGUACGAAAUUUUCGAUCCUUCGCUUUGAUUGAUCAUGAACAUCGGCAGUGCAGUGUAAAAUAAAUCAGUCGAUCCUUACGGUGGUGAACGCAAGCUUAUUGUUUGCGUAGACAUUGAUGGAAACAAGACGGACAUAUUCGUUACAGUGAACAGUGCACAGUGAAAAGUAAUGGGUUGUGAUAUGGCCAAUGAUUCGAAAAGAAGUUCUGGUUAUUAUUGCAUUGCCUGAAUUCGUUUAUUGAGAAGUUACUGAUAAUCGGAAGAGUGCGGACUAGUGAUCGAAAAUCGAGUAAUCGCCAACCGUAUCGUGAUGUAAAUCGUACGUGUAUCGUUAUCGUUUGUAUUUUUUGUUCGUUUCUUUAUCUUUUUUCGAACGUAUUGCUUUGUGAGUUCCUUCGCUAAGCUCGAAAUACAAAAUUCGUUAACGUUGAGACACCGCGUCAGUGGCGCGUCAGUGGAUUGUCAUCGGCGUUUCGUCGAGGCGAGCGCGACCAUGCCGCACAUAGGGCUACAGUCGAUAUCGCACCAGCUGGAGCGAUCGAGGUUAAUCCUUACUUUCGCUCCUGGCAUAUGUGCAAUUAUAUGAUAAAUGUAGAACACGUUGUACCCUUUUUUUGUUUCUUUCCUUUCAUUUGUUUUCUUUUGGCCAUUUAAUGUCGGAAAACCCGUCUUUCUGACAAAUGCUCGUAGAUUCUCGUUUUCGCGCGUCUUGAGUCAUCGUCCAUGUGCGGUACGCGAGGAAACCUAUAUCGACGUUCGUCGACGGUUGAAAGUAGGGAGACGCGAGACGUCCCGACUUGACGAGCGCUUCCAAGUCACGUUAUCGUUCAAACGCCUCGCAACAAGAAUUGUCUAGUGUUCGAACCCUUUGAAAAUCCAGAAAGUGAGACAAACUACAUAUCGUGAUAAUAGGACAGACUGUUAUCGGAAUUUCGCGCGCGCGCGAGCGCGUGUAAGCGCGCACGUGUCUGUACAACAGCAUCGUUUCAGUGUGAAGUGCGUGCCGGGUCUUUUUUUUAUUCUUCGUGUCACAGACAGUACGCUGUUACUAAGAGGAAAGAAACGUGAAUAAGUGCGUGCAAUUUUCUUUCCAUGGAGAAGGGUGCGUCUUAAAACAAGACGAAAGUGGAGUAGAGAACAAGGAACAAUAUGAGUGAAAUGACGAAUAUUGAACAGCAACAACAACAACAACAGCAGCAGCAGCAACAACAGCAAGAACAGCAGUACGUAGGUGGCAGUUCAAAUUCGGAGCAUCAUUGCAAGGAUUGUGGUCUUUACUUCGAAAGCGAUAAAAGUCUCGAAGUGCACCUGAGGUAUCACCAGGAGAAUCUUCUCAGUCAGUGGGCGAGCCAGGCCCAACAGGAGGAGAGUAACAACAAUAACAGUAAGGCCGGUAAUCACAAUAGUCACGUGGGCGUCAAACGCGAUAGCGUGACCGCUCCGGCAGACUCGAGCGAAUUUUCUUCGAGACCGCCCUCUCAGGAUCCUACGUCAUCGUCUCAACAUUCAUCGACACAACAACAACAGUCAGUUCACCAGCAGCAGCAGCAGCAGCAGCAAGUUCAGCAGCAGCAGCAGCAAGUUCAACAGCACCAGCAAGUUGAACAGCAGCAGCAAGUUGAACAGCAGCAGCAAGUUCAGCAGCAGCAGCACCACCACCACCAGCAGCAGCAACAGCAAGCUGCUAGCCAGAGCUAUAAUCAUUUUCAGACGUCGAUGUACGGUGAUAAUUAUUUCAUGCAGAACGAUCAGGCCUACAUGUUGUCCCAUCAUUACUCACCGCCACGUGAAGACAAUGGUGUGGGUGGUGGGGGUGGUGGGGGUGGUGGGGGUGGAAGUUAUUCGCGUUACCACCCAUACCAACAUCAACAACACUUCCCGCCGGAACGUGCGAAUUCAGUGAGUUCUACCAGUCCGAGAAGUCCGCCACUACAAUGUGAGAAGUGCGGUGCUGUGUACGAGGAUGCGAAUCAGCUGGGUGAACACGUAAGAACAAGUCACUCGAAUUCACCCGGAGGUUAUCCUGGACAACAUCAGUAUCAACAACUGGGUAACAGUCCUCAACAACAGAUGCACGCGUCGCCGCCGCAAUCUAGUCAGCAGCAGCAACAACAAUCUGGCUAUGAUUAUAAUGGUAGGCAACCGGUAAAACUGGAUAUAACUAAGGAACCGGACGAACAGGCGGAAAUUCUCGAUUUGGAUUCACACAAGGUGCAGACUCACAGGUACGAGGAUGAACUAAUGAGAAUGCAUCAGCAGCAACAGCAGGAGUUGCAGAUACAAAUGCAUCAACAGCAAAUAAUGCAACAACAACAUCAGCAGCAACAGAGGUCUGGUGCGCAUUCGGUGAGUUCUAUGUUGGCUUGGCCACCGGCCGCACAACCUCAUGAUUAUCAUCCCGGGUUAUCGCCUAUGAUUCCAAUGGAUAGUAUUUCACCACUUUCCGAUCAAAGCCAAUUUAUACGAGGGCAACACAUGCCCGUCGAAGUACCGCGACAUCCAAAUUCUCCCAUUAUUACAAGCACGCAACCGAUGCCCGGUCACCAGAUACCCGGGGGUCUGCUGCAACAACCACCUAAACCUCCGCCUUUAGCUAAUCAAUCGUGGAAAAGUAACGAGGCGCGGCGGCCAAAGACCUACAACUGCACUGCGUGCAACAAGUGGUUCACCAGCUCGGGCCAUCUGAAGAGGCACUACAACACGACGCUGCACAAGAACGCUGUUAAACAGAGUAAUCAGCCAGACCCAGCGAACUUGCCGAUCAGCGCUCAUCAUCAUCCUGGUAGAGAUAGCCAUUCUAGUGGCAGAGGCGGAGGACCAUCUAGAUCGCCAGAGUUAUCUUCUUCCGGAAGUCCCCCAAACUUGAUGGCAGGUCCCUCGGGCGAGGCGGCGAGGGGCCUGCUCCACACGCCCACCAAUCUUUACAAUCACAACAACAACAAUUCGAACAGCAGCAGCAGCAGCGAAUCUUCGGCGACAAUAGGGGGGCUAACGCAACAAUCGCCUACAGCGGUGCACUUGGGCUCCACAAUGGUACCGGCACACAUUUCUCCGGUGGAAUCUCCACUGGCGGCCCAUCAUCAGCAACAAAUGGGUUCGCCGUCCUCUCAACUGGGCCACCAACAGCAGCAGCAGCAACAACAGCAGCAGCUGCAUCACCUUCCAAUGGGUUCGCCGUCGGGCCAACUUCCGGUUCAUCCCAUGAAUUCGCCCAUGUCACCCAUGCACCCACCGCUACCGCCCCACCUGAGUUCCCCUUCACCAAUGGGCUCCCACCCGCACCACCACAUGAAUUCGCCAUCUCCCAUAACGCCGGGCUCGGUCCACCAAGCAAUGGCUUCGCCCACGGCGAUGGGGGGUACUACGAUGCCUCAUCAGCCGUACCCAAACGCCUCGCCCCCCCACGUUACACCUUCUACCAACAUCCCGGGCCUGCUGGAGUCUUUCACCAUCCAGCUAACUACUACUGGUGAUGAGACGUCUUUGCCGCUCUCCGACGAAUCUCAACACCAGCAGCAACAUCAUCAUGAACACCAGCAACAGCAGCAGCAACAAGAACAGCUACAACAAUCUCAGGAUGUUUUACCCGGUUUUGGGACCUUUAGCAAUCAUCAAAGGUCCCUACCAAGUUUCACGGAAUUCAACGUAACCGGGUUUAUGGCUGACCCAAAUCAAUCAGAUGCCAUUAACGUGGGGGGGCUAAGUCCAGAGGAGAACGUAUCUCCUCAAGAUGUAUCGUUCGGAUCGUCUGAAUCGGUUUACGAUUUGUACAGAAGUUCACCGCCUCGAUACCAAUCCCUUACAAACGUGGGAGUAAACACUGACGGCAUGAUCAUCAAGCGGUAUGAAGUUCAAACGCAUUUUCUGCCGGAACCGCUUCAGCUGACCCGAAACAAUUUAGAAGCGAACAAUAAUUUAUCACGAAUGAUACAAGCGAAAGAGGAAUUAAAUCCGAAUGUCGGUAGGCAAAUAUUAAAAAAUGUGAGACUGAAAGGCAGUUUUGUAAUUACUAGGGAACAUCAAGUAAUCAGCACGUUCACUGGCUCACAUUAUAUUUCCCAGGACGGCUUUCACAAGUGCAUCGAAUGCGACAAGAUUUUCAACAAGGCUUGCUAUUUGACACAACAUAAUAAAAGUUUUCACUCUGGUGACAAACCAUACAAAUGCAAUCAAUGUGGUAAGAGAUUCACCCUCGAAUACCUGCACGCGGAGCACCUGCUGAAGCACGCCGGUGACAAGCCGUACAAGUGCGAAAUAUGCCCGAAGCAGUUCAAUCAUAAAACUGAUCUUAGGCGGCACAUGUGCCUCCAUACUGGCGAAAAGCCGUACGCCUGUGAUACUUGCGGCAAGGGAUUCAUCAGAAAGGACCACAUGAUGAAGCACCUCGAGACGCACAGAAAGAAAAACCAUAACGUCCAUCUAAGGACGUGAUUUGAGAGGAGACUCAACAUCGAGGACUAGCAUCGUAGAUGAAGAAACAAUGACGGUCGUUAUCUGGUGAUCUUCGUCCUCACGAUGUGUUCGUGAUUAUCAAUCGAACGGUAAGACUUGUUGUUCAUCGACCGAAAAUCAUGAUGGGGAUAAUCGCGACUUCUCGAAUCGAGUUUUUCUUAUUAGAUUCGAUCAGAUACUGGGAGUCAAGCGGACACCCAUCUGAUCGUAUAAAUUUCAAUAUUUUAAUCGAAUAUUUUAAUUUAUUAAUAGUUUUUCGAUUAUAAUAGUUCGCAUUAAGAUUUACGAUUAUAUGAUUCCUACACUAUAGAACGUAACGAGAUAUCACGCCCAAAAAUUAUAUUUUUCAUUCAUAAUUUGGGUAAUCAGAAAUAACUUGUAAUGUUAUUUUGCUUUUCUUAUUUUAUCUUCAGAGUGAUCUGUCGAUCGAAAUUAUCGUAGUUUGGUAAUAAAUAAUCUCGCGAACUAGUAUUUAGCGCAUAACAAUUAUAUGUUGUUUUUAUUUAAUUUGGAAUCAAGAACAAAAUUUACUACGUUCCGACGAGGAAGUUCGAUAUCGUGGAGCUCACAACGCGUAUGACAGACCUUACAAAAUUACUUGCGAUUUUUACUCACCUUGCAACACAGAUUUGAAUGAAAAUUAUAAUAAAGCAUUUGAACAUCAAAUGUCGCGAUGCGUAGAGCCGAUCGUACGAUAGCUCGACUCGAUGAAUCGCGAAUUCUGUUCUGAUAAAAUGCAGUCAGGUAACGCGAUCUUGAAUCCACGAUCCCCUCGGGAACAAUUGAAAAUUUACGCGAUAUCAGAAAAUAAUUAUUCCGGAAAGGAAAAGAAGAAAGAUAACGCGCAAGCUGACUUCGAAGCUUAUUAAUUGUACAAAAUAUGUUAAAUGUAUAGUCACGUAAUUAAUGCAAUUAUCACCAUCAUUGCAAUUAAAUUCAAUUGGAUAUUGAUAUUGGCUAGAAAGUGGACAAAUUUAUUAAUAAUACUCAUAUUUUAUAGUAUAUAUAUAUCAUACUUUAUCGAGAGAGAGCGGAAAGAAAAAGAAAAUGAUUAAUAGAUAAUUACGAAAAGACGCGGCGAUGAUAAAGCGAUAAAUCAGAAAUACCGUGAAAAUCGUUACACCAGCGAUGGAUCGUAUAUAGUUUUGUGACAACUUUGUUGUAUAUCGCUUAGUUUCUUCUUUUUUUCAUUAUUUACCGGAGACGAUCAAGAGGUGAAAAACGAAAGUUCUUUAUUACCUAUGAUUUUAUAUUUUAGUUUUACAACGAGCCUCUAGAUGCCCUCAUUUUUAAAACAUUCCAUUUUUUUGUACAUUCCAGUAUCGCCAAGUGAAUAUCCGUCGCCGGGAAUCGGUUUUCGCGACAGCGACGCGUCUUUUCCUUUUCUUCUAAACCUUAAGCUUAAUAAUAGCCUAAGUUUCGAAUUGUACGUUGCCUGGAACGAAUCUCGCUCGUGUCGUUUCCUAGCAAGACGCAAGAUGUUUCUCCUCGCUUUUGAAACGGUUCAACGCACCAUUACACAUCGAAUUUUAAUCCUUCGUAUCCGAUAGUUAGUGUAAUAACAAAAAAAAAAAAGAAAAAUAAACGAAAUAAAACCAGAUUUUUGAUUAAGAACAAUCAAACAUUUUUUACCCGUGAAAUUUAAAUAUAUGUCAGAGAUGAAAGGACACCGGAGCCUUCCCUCUGGAACUUCGGGAAAAUCUGUAAAAUUGUAAUUAAAGCUUACUGUUGUAAUUAAACAAUUUGCCGUCAUUCUGCCCAAUUGUACUUGUUUGCGAUUUGUGAUAAUAAACUUGGACUCAAGGCGACCAUCAACCGUGGUCAAACAAGUAAAAUUGGGCAAAAUGACGGCAAAUUGUUUAAUUACAAUUUUACGGAUUUUCCCGAAGUUCCAGAGGGAAGGCUCCGGUGUCCUUUCAUCUCCGACAUAUAGAUAGCGAAUGACUUAGCCACGGCAUUCCUUCGAUCGAUUAUUAAAUCGUUGGGGAAUUUCGUCGAGCGUGCUGCCUCUAAUUGCGCGGCAGCCGUUGCAUACGAUCAAUUAAUGCUCGAUUAAUUGCCCGUGGAGCGCAAAACGAGCCAAUCACCGAGGAUAGCAUCGAGUUCCUCCUCUCUCGCGACACGAGCGAAUUUCCCUUCGAGCUACGCACAGCUCGUUACACGUUAAACACACUCUUACGCACAUCCAACAUACACUUAAACACACAUGAAUACAUACUUACACACAGAUAUGCUAAAUAAACGUUGAUCUCGCUGUAACGAAAUUUACACCGCGUUUACGCGUAAUUAUUUCUGUUGAUCAUCGUUGAAUCGGCCGGAUCGACCUUCGGCGUUUAACAGCUGUUUGAACGUGAUACAUAAUUUUGCUGUUCUUUCCGAUUGUUAUUGUGAGAAAGAUAUCUUUCUUUUGUUGUAAUCAAAUUUCUUACUGCUUGUAAUUUAUUUCACAACAAUCGUCGCGAUUUUCGGUAUAAGACAUUUUGAUAAUAUAAUAUUGUUUUAAAUAAUUAUAGGAACGCAUCUUCUAAUUUAAUAUAAAUGAAUUAAAAAUAAAUUAUUGGUUCUGUUUUAUUAUUAUUUUAAAUGGCGCGACAUAAUUAUAAAUAUACAUAUUUAAUCUCAUUCGUGUUUGUUUCAAUCACUAUACACAUAAGUAAACAGAAAUACAUAUACAAAUACCGCGUAUACACACACAUAUGACGUCCUUUCGCAAGUUUUCUUUUUUAGUUGUUGCGUAUUUAAAGAAAAAGAAAAAAAAAUUGACGUCGAAAUAUUAAGGCGGAAACGAGAGAAAAAGACGAUAAAUUAUAUAGCAUUCUUGCCAUUUUUACUACGUAAUAUGACACCCAGAACAGACUACCUCAGAGUUCAGGAAUUUAACGAUGAAUGAAAGGAAGAAAGAAAAGAUGAGAGCCAAUGCAAUAAUAAUAAUGUUAUUAAGGAAAUGUAGCUGAGCGCGCACCCGUGCGGGCGGAACGAUGUACUUCGCUUCUCUUCUCGUAUUUUCACCCAGCAAAUAAAUUCAGAAAAAUAGUAACCUCUUGGAUUCACCUCAAGGGUACAAAUUAUUCCACAAAAUUUAAAAUUAUCCGCGAAAUUUCUAUUUAUUGCUUUGUAUUAAAUGAUAUAGUAUCCAUAGUUUCUUCAUUUGUUUCUCAAAUUGGCCAAUAAAAAGUAAAAUAGAAGGUGAUAAAUUGUAGAGCACGCUUUGCUUUUGUCAAAGAAGUUCCUCGAGUCGCCCGCCGGCCGGUAUGAGCGUGUAGUAGAACGUUAUACACAUAGAUACUAAUAUAAACGAAAAAGAGAAACAGAAAAUAAGAUUGGUAAGAGAGAAACGAUAACGAAAGGGAGAAUUUGUAGAGAUUCAAUGUACUUUUUAGAUACAUAUCAACAGUAUUACUGUAUACUCCGUUUUCUUAUAAAUAAUCGUAUAAAGUUACAAAGAAAAGAGAAAAAAAAAGAGAACGAAGGAGAGAAAAGGUGAGACGAACGCGUUAAUGAAAAUCGAGAUCAUGAAUAAUCAUGAGUUACAAUGCAUAUUUCUAGUAUCAUAUCAUUAUCAAAUAUUAGUACUGGAAAAGAGAAUAGAAAUGCAUUCUAUAAAAGUGAUAUAAAGAAAUGAUUAAGUAAAGAGAAAUGAAAUAAUGCAAAAAAAGAAAUUUCCGGUUUUACGGUUUCUUUCUGAGAGAGAAGAUAAGAAUCAAAGUUUAGGACAAAUCGCAUUAUAAAAUACACCAUAGUAAGCAUAGUAAGAUUUCCAAAGUAACAGCGCGCCGCUGACCAAUAUUGAUUUGUUUUAGAAUAAUAAUGCGUUCGAUUUGUUCUUCUGAUUAUUAUAAUUACUAUAAUAAUCCUAUAAUUAUUUUAUUAUUGUAUUAUUAUUAGUAUUAAUAUAAUAACUAUGCCAAGCAUAUUAACAAAUUCGUACUUUGUUAAUUUUGGACUCUGCGAGCGCGUUCUGCCGGUGCAAGAGUUCGAAGUGAGAAUUACAAUGUAAUAUAGUUGUUUCAGUAUGAAAAUACUAAAUUAUAUCGAUAUAUAUAUACGUACGGUACCAAACUGUAAUGGUUGUGCCGAACAAAAAAAAAAAAGAAAAAGGGAAAGACGAAUCUUAAUAGAUCCUUGGGUGCUUCCUCUCGUAUAAUUCUAAUUUUUUGGGCAUUCAACAGAGAAAUAGACAAAGAGACGAGUUCUAUGAAAAUAAAAAAUAGAAUAAAAAUUAUAAACUAAAAUGAGUUAUGUAUGCGAAAAUAGGAAUGCGUGUAAGUAAUGAUGCAGGAAAGGAAUAAGAGAACGCAUGUGCGUGCGUGAGAGAGGGUGAGAUUAGUGUGAGAGAGAUACGGAAAGGAAGGGAAAGUAGAAGAAAUUCUUAUCCAUUCCUUGUUAUGUGCCAUAAUAACUGUGCGUCGAUAAAAAUUGUAAACGGUUAAAGCAUGAAAAAGGAGGAAAGGAGGAGCGCGUGUAUACGUUUCCUCGUAUGCGUGUGCGCGGUCACCUGUAUGUAUGUAUGUUUGUGAGUGAAGCACGAAGUUUAUAUAUUAUAUAUGUACACAGACAUUACGACAACAACGUAUGGUAAAUGAAAGAGAUAGAGGAAAAACAAAGAAUGAAGUAAUCAUGCGCCGAUGCAUGUCCGUUCGAGAAAUGCUAGUGAAAGAAUACGACGUGAAAGUGAAAAUACUUAGAUGUAACGCUCAGUCUCGAAACAUGCAGUCUGUUCCUUCCCUUUCUUUUUUUUCUCCUCUCCAUAUGUCUUUCUUUUUCCUACUUGAUUAGAAAAUAAGAUAGAAAAUUGUGGGGAAAAGAACACAUAACCUAUAAUGUACGGAGAGAAACGUAAUUUUAAGAAUUGUAUUAUUUUAUACGUUUAAUUUUGAUUUUAUAAAUAUAUUUUAUGUCAGAAUACACACAAAAGAUUUCCUUAUUUCACGACUCGAUCAUCUCCACUUUUGUACCUUGAUUUUGAUUUUACGUCUCAACGCAGAUACAAGUACAAACCUUGAACGAUACGAAUGAUCAGCUCGCUCGUAAACUCUUCUCAACGUUCGUGAAUUCUUUACGCGUACGGACGAUCCAAAUAUUAGUUACAAAAUAAGAGCCGGCAUUCUCGUCUCGCGAACCGAUCGAACGAUCCAACUACGCACGGACCUUUGACUCUCGUGACCGAACUCGCGCUCGCGUCAAGAAUAAUUCCGUCAAAUUUUACAUUCGCGUGGUCGCUGUACUUGAUACAAUGUUCCGCGAUUUUGUUGAUCAAUUUUCGUUAAUAUCGGAGUGCAGGGGCGUGCGUGACUCCGCGAAAUAUCCUGACCGCGGCGAACCGUUCACGCAUCAUCACCCUGUCCGCACGGUGUUUCGUUCGUGUCCACGCCCCCGUCGAGUCUCCUAAACCCCUCGUGUAAUAUUCCUCCCUCGACGCCAGUCUCUCGUCGCGCACUCGUAACCUUGGGCAUUCUGUAAUUUAGUAAAUUGUUGCGGACUCGGCGCAAGGAAACGCUUGAUUCGCGAACGCCUCUUCUGGAAACAGCUCGGGACAGCGGCGAGCUGCGUCGAUUUCACGUUGCUCGAUCACGUUGAGCAGCGAUCGCUUUUACGAAAUUUCUUAAUCCCUCGCGGCAUUUCGAGGAAUCGUAAGUCGAGGAUCGUAACGGACACGUCCGAGAAAUCUUUCAAUGCGAGUUCAACGCAUUCAUCGAGAAUCGCACGCGUGUCUGACAGCUUCGCGUGAUCUGGCAUUCGGAUCGGAAUGAAAAUGUAAAAGAGAAAAGGCGAGUCGAUCGCGAAUCGAAAGUUACGCGGAAUCAACGAUCGAUAAUCGCGCGUUUAUACAACGAGCCGAUUUCAUAGGCGUGUUCCUAUUCGAUGUUCGUAGAAACAGUGGGUGGUGGCGUGGUGGUGUACGAUCAUCGAUUGAAUUCGAGCGAAUUUUUAAAAGUGUUGUUCGCGAAAGUUUGUUCCGCGUAGACACGGCGAGUCCCAUCAUUGUUAGGCUUAGGUAAUAUAUACCUGAUGAUGAAGCAAUAGAUUGAGUGCUAUUUAUCUACCGUUUAUAUGGCGGGGAUAAGGGUGAGAAAGUUUGUCGAAAGGAACGGAAUGGAAGAAAGAAAGGAAGAGAAAGAGUAAAGGGAAUGUAUUUCGAAGAAAGGAAGGAUGGUAAAUCGAAAAUAAAGAUGUUAGAUGUAAUUCACUAUAUUGUACUAUGCGUUUUUAGCUAAAAUUUUAUGUUUUCUAAUUCGUUGUGGACGAAUGUUUUUUAGUAUAAAUAUAUAAAUAAAUGAAUAUAUUAUGAAUAUAUUUAAAUUUUAGGACAUUAAUAUAAGCUAAUUAAGAAGUUAUAUACGUAGCGGACGCGAAUCGUUGUCUCACGUUCCGCGUAUUCACGAAAUUCACUCGGUGACCUUUUGAACAUUGGCGCGCAAUCGUUCAGACAAUCGAGGUCUAUGUACGUAUUCAGAGCCCAUUUUUUAACUUCUACCGCGGUACUUCGAUCAUCGGUGCGUAAAAGAAAUCACUCGAUGAAAAGAUUCUCUUCAAAAUAUACACUCUAUCUUUAAAAAAGUUCUUUCUUUUUCAAUACAGACAAUUGGUAAACGUUAUCAAGCGCAUAAAAUAUAUUUUCCAACCUUGCGUUUUUUAUGAUAAAUAGACUACCUAUAGGAGCAGUCGAAGUGUUUGUUUUUAGCAAAAAGGCUAGAAGUAUCGUUAACUUAAAGAAAAUUUAGUCGUAAUUGAACAACGACAUGUAUACGUAAUUUACAAAAAACGAUUCAAAAGUUCGAUUUGAGAUCUUUGCGCGCACGAUCAUCGAGUUCUGUGUCGAAGAAAAUCAACAAACGUAGGAAGCGAUGCGACGCUGCGAUAUACACGAUCAUAUACAUAAAUAUAAUAGCUCGUUACUUGAGAACGUCACCUAAAGCCAUCCAAUCGUUCAAAUGAAAUCAAUCCGUGCGCAUAGAAAAAUGAAAAAGAGUAAGAAAGAUGAAAAAUAGACGAAACGAAGUGCUUAACUCGAUUCUAUCGUCGGUUUAUUUAUAUAUAUAUAUAAAAGAAUAAAAAAAAAACUUGCAAUUGUCCUUCCGUAAGGAGUACACUGCCGCCACGAAUAGGAGAAAAAUAACAAUGCAGCAGAAACGAUAGUAAGGAAAAGAAAUGAAGAUGAUCGACUUAUGUAGGCGCACGUAAAGAUUCGUAUACAGACGCACGAUCCACUUCGCUUGCCUGUGUACGUGUCUAAUACUGUGUUAAUUACGUAUUCGACGAAUGCCAUAACAAGUACCUCAUACAAAACACAUGUACAAAUGUUCAUACGUUUUCAGAAUACUAGCUAAUUAAUAAAUAAUUAAUAUCCAGACUAA